UCUCUCUGUCUCCAUCUCUAGAGAUAAACUCUCUACUGACAUCUUCUAUAAACCUACCAAUUCUCAUGACUACACCUCUUCCCACCCUGUCUCCUGUUUUUUUAAAAAUAAUAAAUGCUAUUCAUCUUUCUAUUUCUUUUUUCUCAGUUCCUUCGGCUCCACUGCAUCUGUUCCCAGGAUGAGGCUUUCCUUUCCAGGACAUCAGCGAUGUCAUCCCCUCCUUCAAAGAAUAGGGUUUACCUUUCUCCUCCAUUGAUGCUGCUCUCACCUGCAUCUGCUCCAUUUCCCAGACAUCAACAUUCACCCCAUCUUCCUGCCAUUGUAACAGGGUUAGAAUUCCUCUCUUCCUCACCUAGCACCCCAUGAUCCUCUGCAUCUAACACAUCAUUUUCAGCAACUUCCAUUUUCAGAUGAAACCUAUCACCAAGCACAGACUUACUCACCCCACCCCCAUUUUCUGCUUUCCGUAGGGAUUGCUCCCUCCAUGAUCCCCUUGUCCAUAUGUCCCUCCAACUCAUACCCCUCUUAGCACAUAUCCCUGCAAGCAAGAGAAAUGCUACACCUGUCCAUGUACCUUCUCUCUCACCUCAAUUCAGGGCCUCAAACAAUCCUUCCAGGUAAGGUAAUAUUUUAUUUGAAAAUCUGUUGGAGUCUUCUGUUGUAUCUGGUGCUCCCGAUGCAGCCUUCUCUACAUUGAUGAGACCCAGCGCAAGUAAGUUGAGGGAUUGCUUUGUUGCCUACCUCCUCACCAUCCACCAGUGUAGAGUGCCCUCCUGCUUUAAAUUAUCCACCGUUGUCCCUGUACCAAAAAAGGUCCAGGUAACAUGCCUGAACACCUAGUGUCCUGUCGCACUCAAUAAUAAGCAAGUGCUUUGAGAGGCUGAUCAAGGAUACAUCUGCAGCUUGCUACCACCCAAGCAAUUUGCCUACUGACACAACCGAGCGACAAACAAUGCAAUAGCCACUGCUUUACAUACUGUCCUUACACAUCUGGAGAAGGAUGCUUUUGUGAGAAUGCUGGUCUUGGACUACAGUUCAGCAUUCAAUACCAUAAUUCCAUCCAGGCUUGACAGAAAGCUCAGAGACCUCAGCCUUGGCUCUGCCUUGUGCAGCUGGAUCCUAGACUUGCUGUCAGAUCACCAGCAGGUGGUAAGAGUGGGCUCCCUCACCUCCAUCCCUCUGACUCUCAACUCAGGAGCCCCUCAGGGCAUUGUACUAAGUCCCCUCCUUUGCUUCCUGUAUACCCAUGACUGUAUCGCCACCCAAAGCUCCAAUCUGCUAAUUAAAUUUGCCGAUGACACUACACUGAUUGGCCUAGUCUCAAUUAAUAACCAGGCAGCCUACAGAGUAGAAGUCAUCACCCUGACAUAGUGAUGUCAAGAAAACAACCUCUCCCCCAAUAUCGUAAAAACAAAGGAGCUGGUUGUGGACUACAGGAGGAAUGGAGAUGGGCUUACCCUUAUUGACAUCAAUGGAUCUGGGGUUGAGAGGGUGAACAGCUUUAAGUUCCUUGGUGUACUCGUCACCGAGGACCUCAUAUGAUCUGGACACACCAGCUGUGUGGUGAAAAAGGCACAACAGUGCCUCUUUCACCUCAGACGGUUGAAGAUGUUUGGUAUGGGCCCCCAAAUCCUAAGAACUUUCUACAGGGACACAAUUGAGAGCAUCCUGACUGGCUGCAUCACUGCCUGGUAUGGGAACUGUACCUCUUAAUCUCAGGAUUCUGCAGAGAGUGGUGCGGACAGCUUAGCGCAUCUGUAGCUGUGAAUUUCCCGUGAUUCAGGACAUUUACAAGGACAGGUGUGUAAAAAGGGCCCAAAGGAUCAUCGGAGACCCGAGUCACCCCAACCACAAACUGUUCCAGCUGCUACCAUCUGGGAAAUGGUACCACAGCAUAAAAGCCAGGACCAACAGGCUCUCAGACAGUUUCUUCCACCAGGCCAUCAGACUGAUUAACUCAUGCUGAUUUGAGUGUAUUUCAAUGUUAUAUUGACUGUUUGUUAUAAGUUAUUAUAAAUUACUAUGAUUGCACAUUUAGAUGGAGAUGUAAUGUAAAGAUUUUUACUCCUCAUGUAUGUGAAGGUUGUAAGAAAUAAAGGCAAUUCAAAAGUGGAAUUUUUCAGUGACCCACCACUUUAUUUUCUAUUUCCUUUCCUGUGGCAUCAUGUUGGUCCAUGGCAGCCUGUUCUGCCACAAUGAGGCCACUUCCAGGUUGGAGGAGCAACACCUUAUAUUCUGUCUAGGUAACCUCUAGCCUGAUGGUGUGAACAUCAAUUUCUCCUUCUGGUAAUUUCUUUUUCUUUUUCCCCUGCUCCUUCCUCUUCCAUUUCCCACUCCAGCUACUUACCUCUUCUCUUCCCCUGCCUAUCACCUUCCCCUGGUGUCCCUUCUUCCCUUUCUCUCAUGAUCCACUCUCCUUUCUAUCAGAUUCCUUCUCCAGCCCCUUACCUAGCUGUCCUCCUUCCCUCCUCACCACCCCCCACACAUGUUUUAUUCUGAUGUCUUCCACCUUCCUUUCCAAUCCUGAUGAAGGGUCUCUGCCCAAAACAUUGACUGUUCAACAUUUCCAUAGAUAUUUCCUGACCUGCUGAGUUCCUCCAGUAUUUUGUGUGUGUUGCUUUGGAUUUCCAACAUCUGCAGAAUCCCUUCUGUUUAUGAAUUUAAUAGUUUAUUGUCUUAGCAAGAAAAAGUAAAAGCAGGUCAGGUGCACAUUACACUAAGGACUAACAAAUGUGCCUUCAAUAUCUGCCGUAUACCUAUCUGCAGUCUAAAACUUAAAUUGCUGGGCUUCACUUAAAAGUGCAGUUAAUAUGAGUAUCUUUGUAGCAUGCAAAGUUGGCUUGAUAAGUGGUUGUGACCACUAUUGUAGAUGACUGCAGAAGAGAUGUGAUUCUGGAUUUAGCAUUUCUAGCAUAGCUUUUUCAGGAUAACCAGUGAUUUUCAUUGUGAGUCUUGUGGAUGUUAUGCUUGAGAUGAGGCCAGUCUAGAUUUAAUUUAAUUAUUAGUAAAAGCUCCACAAGAUUUACUGUUCUCAUGGGAAAAUGUAAAAGGUACAUUGGCUGUUUUGUUUCAUCCUGUUCCAUACAUGUUUCAGCACAUAUAAGGUGACUCAAGGCAAGGAGAUAAGUGAUUCCAAUCUCCAAUGAAAAGACAUUUUAAGUUCUAGGGAUUGUGGAUUUCAGCUACACUGUUAGGCUGAAGAGAUGAGAGUUGUUCUUGACGCAAAGGACAUUGAGAUGACUUUUGAUGGAAGUGGCCUUAGAAGAUGGAAGUGGCAAGAAGCAAUACUUGUUAACAGAUGGUUCAAAGAUGGAACACAGAAUCAAAAGUGCAGAGCACUUUGAAAAUGGACAUAGAAGACUGCAAUGGUCGUGGUUACAUUUCUGGAAACGGUGACUCUUCAAUGGACAAAGAAUUCCCUGGGGCAAUGGUGGGUCCAACAGUGAGCACACCCAACAGUCAGCACUCUUCACCCAGCCGUUCUUUGAGUGCCAACUCCAUCAAGGUUGAGAUGUACAGCGAUGAAGAGGCAGGGAAACUUCUGGCACAGGAGGAUGGCGCUAGUGAUAAAGAUGAAGCAGUCAUUGCGGAUGAGCCUUUGACGGAGCCGCUAGGAUUCUGUGAGGGCACGGGGCAGGGACCUCAUUCUCCUGGAGGGAUUCGUCUUCCUAAUGGAAAACUGAAGUGUGAUCUGUGCGGAAUGGUCUGCAUCGGACCGAAUGUUCUUAUGGUACAUAAGAGGAGCCACACUGGUGAACGCCCCUUCCAUUGUAACCAGUGUGGUGCCUCAUUCACACAGAAAGGAAACCUCCUGCGGCACAUCAAAUUACACUCUGGGGAGAAGCCUUUUAAAUGUCCUUUCUGUAAUUAUGCCUGUCGGAGAAGGGAUGCACUCAGUGGACACCUCCGAACACAUGCAGAUUCUGCAGAACACUGGCCUAGUGAAGCUGUCUCCUCUCCUACCGUCGGCAAACCUUAUAAAUGUAACUACUGUGGGCGGAGUUACAAGCAGCAGAGUUCGCUAGAGGAGCACAAAGAGCGUUGCCACAACUACCUGCAGAGUCUGAAUGCUGAGCCCCCACAGCCAUCCACUCAGCAAGCAGGGGAGGAGAACCGUGACAUCGAUGUGAUGCCUGACCAUAUCCUUCAGCCAGCCCCUGACAGGCCUUCUUUUAUAGAUAGGCUUGCAAACAGCAUUGCAAAAAGGAAAAGAUCCACUCCACAGAAAUUUGUUGGUGAUAAACACAUACGCCUCAACCUAUCUGAUGUUCACUUUGAGAUGAACUCCAGUUUUGAGAAGGAUGUAGAGAUGAUGGCUCCUCACCCCAUGGACCAGAAUUUGGGCAGUGCACUGUCCUAUCUAGGAACAGAAGCAAUGAGGCCUCCAAGGCUGCCAAUAACCAGUUGUUUACCGGAGAUCACACCUGUGAUUAGUGCUGUCUACUCCCAUGUACAUCCCAUUCACAGCCGAGCUGAGGCACAGGGAAGUCGAGAGGCAGCAGAAGGUCAUGAAGAUGUGCCAGAAAAUCUGAAUUCUAAAGCAAAAAAUCAACUGGUAGAGCUCGGAGUAUCUCCAAGCAAUGGGUGUCAUGAUUCCACUGAUACAGAAAGCAGCCAUGAAGACAGGAAUGCCCAUGCUUUCACUAGUAACUAUGUCACAAGGCAAAGCCCGGCCUAUUCCAAAGAGGACCCAAAGGCACAGGAGCCUCCAUCAUCUGCCAAAGCAGCUCAAAGCUCAGCCAAAGAGGUCCUAAGAGUCUUAAAUGAAGAUGGAGAACAAGUUAAGGCUUAUAAUUGUAACCACUGCCGGGUUCUCUUUCUUGACCAUGUAAUGUUUACCAUACACAUGGGUUGCCAUGGAUUCAGAGACCCUUUUGAGUGCAACAUCUGCGGCCACCACAGCCAAGAUCGGUACGAAUUCUCCUCACACAUUGUCCGAGGAGAACAUAAAGUGAGUUAGAGAGGGCCACAUGGACUACACUUUUCUACUCCCCUUUCACUGACUUCAAAUAAAGAAGGAGGUGUUCUUACUAGGGUUGGACAAGAUAAUUGUUUUCAGGGAUUAAUCUACAGAAUAAGCGAGGGUUAAAUUCGGCUCCAAAUAAAACUAAGUGCUCUCCAUCUGGAAUUUUUUGUUGCAUCUUUAACAAAAAUAUGUUUGUUUAAAUUCUCUUUAAUUGAAUUUCAGGGGAGGAAAAUAUCCAUAUUUCUAGGGGCCCAAUUCUACAGUUAAUAAUUCAGAUUUUGGUACUUUUUUUCAAGCACUGAUUUAUUUGUGAUGUAUAUAAAGGCAGUGUAGGUGGGUUUUAUGUAAUAGGGAUGAAUUCAAACCGAGGCUUCUCUAUUCCUUUCAAAGCUCCCCAGUUAAUGGGCUUCAACUCUAUUUUAACCUUAUAGAUAAUUAAGUAUUCAACUGUUCAUUAAUCCUAAAGACCUUGUGUAACUUUAGAAGAGAAUCAUCCAGUGGAAACUACUGACCCUUUUUAGUGUCGUAUGAAUUCUUAACAUAGAUAAGUAGUAGUAAUUUAUCCAAAUAAUAUGCAUCAAAGGGAACUACCUAUGUUUAUUUAUGCCUCUGUGGAAUUUGUCUUUGAAGUUUGAUAUUUUAUAAAUGCCCAAUUUUUAAAACAUUGAUGAGGUUAAGAGUUGAACUAUCUCUCCAUCUUGGCAAUUUGACAUUUUUUUAAUGAUGAAAGAGAUGAUGACUAAUUGUUUUCUUAAAACCAGUUCAAAAACUGUGGAUUAAUCCCAGACCAACAUGGCUUGGCUAUCAGUUACACAAUUAGGAUGUCCGGCCAGAUUCUGUAAUAGCAUCUUGGGGAGGGAGGGGUGCAUACGGGCUCAGUGGUAAUUUGUUGGCAAGAAUGACCCUUGUAAAAUAACAAAUUUUAUCUGCUUCAGUUUGAAGAUGCCCAAUAAUGUAGUAGUGAACGUGCCUCCUUUGUCACUGUGGUUACAAGUUUAUAUCCUAUCAGUGGUUCACAUGUACUUGCCAACUGAAAAUGUGGUCAGUUUGGCAAAUCCUAGGUUGAACCAAUGCACCAUCUAAUUCUAUGUCAAAUGACCAGCCUGUAUGCUGAGCCACAGACUACCUUGACGAUAUUCAGGGUAACUAAGCCAUGGGGCGCGAAAGUGGAAUUUGAAGAACUAUUGUGGUGAAAUCAGACAAUUUAUGAAAUUAGUGUCAUAAGCAAUCCAAACUACCUCGUUCUAGCUGUUGGAUCUAAUAACUACCAUGACGCAACCUUGGCUGAUGAGAGGCUUUGAAUUGGUGGCUAAUGGUGAUAGCUUAGUAAUACUUCCUUAUUCCCCUACCCCUCACCAAGCUGUUUGAUGAUGUCACAGUGUCGCCAACCACUUAGAAAGUGUACACGAAUUGAAAUGCUCAGUCUUUCUGGGCACAAUAGUUUCUGUUGUUCAGUACUUUCCGUGCUUGAAAGCACCAGUGCCCCAUUUGCAUAAAAUAUUGACUUUUAGCCUGACAGUACAGUUAAAGUGUAUACUUUCUGAAGUUCAAACCUCCAAAUUCAGUAUUCCAAUCCAUUAACUACCACAUGCAUGUUGAGUUUAUUUAGUUUUUGGUUGAAACACUGCAGUGCUGCUUGCUCUGUGGGCAGAGGUAGCCAUCAGUGUUCAUGCUCACCAACACUGGAGCAGCAUUUGUACAAGAAGCUGUGAUGAAGUCUGGGUGUUUAUCUAGGAAUGUGCAGUUUUUAAAACUUUAAUCAUAUAAUAAAUAUUUUACUUUGGACCAAAUAAGGUUUACAGGUAGAGGGUUAAUAUAUUUUAAGCAAUUAAUGUGUUCGUAUCUAUUAAAAGGAGUUUUCCAAAUGUUGAUGUUUAAAUAGUGUCUGCAUUCAUAUUUAUAAUUUUAAACUUCUGUAAUGUAAAAGCUUCACACUCCUGUGGUUAGAAGUUCAAGUCCCAGGCUGGAGCAUAUUGGUCACAUUAAUGGUGAAUGGUAACAAGUUCUUAGUCUACUGAUUUGGGUAUGAUUUCUUGUGCGAGUUGAAUAUUUUGAGCUGAUCCACUCCAGUGAGAGGCAAGAAAAAUUUCCUUUGUUGAGGAGAGGAAAGGACUGCUGAGAACUGGGAGGAGACUUUGCAUUCUGCUUGCCAUAGCAAAGGAUGUUGGUUGAAUGCACACAGUCAUUUUGGGAUAUCUAAGAAUUUAUUCAAAGUGAUUUUAUGGAGUUGAUAGAUUUUUGUAAAGAAGGAAACUCUGUGACAUCAUCAGUUUUCAAGACACCAGGGCAAAUUCUAGAUUACACCUUUUGAAGGGGACUUAAUGGGUUGUAGAUUUUUUUUGUGGCCAAUCCUAGUGUUUUCAGGUUUUCAGUUAUUUAGUUAAUUUCUUUGAACUGACACUUCUAGGAUUAUUUUCUCAAUUUGUUUAUUUAAAUUGUCUUUGCACAUUUGUUUCCAAUACACAAAUAUCUUGCACUCUCUUAGGGCAGCUUGUUGGCUUCCUAUUUUUUCUACAGACCCAUGGUCACAAUUAAUUUUCUUUUGCUUGUUCCAGCUAUUUUCAAUCACACUUUAAAGAUUGAAGUGUUUAAUCUGUGCAAAGUACAUUUACUCACAGUCUACUUUGAGAAGCCCUGCUGCAUUAGUUGAAAUUUAUACCCCGAAGUUCAAAUACAGUCUGGGUUUCUGGUCUCUGAAAGAAUGGGACAGGCUGCAAAUUGGCAAAGGGGAGCUUAAGUCUUUGAAUGAGGAAAUGAAUUCGUUGUUCUGUAUCAGUUGAGUUAGAUGCAAAGGGAGCAAACUUUAAAUGUGGUCAUUAUUUUUUAAACCAACAUUCUAAUAAAAUGAAAUAUAAGAAAGUUGCUUGUGGAAGUUAAGACAGCAGGAAAUCUGAGCCAGUGUUAAUGGAUGAUGGUUCAAUGCAGGAGAUGUUUGUGUUUGAGACUAUAAGUUUGUCUCUUCCACGUGCUUCUUUGCACCUUUUUGUGCUUUUCUUGUCGCGUAAUGGUACUAUUGUAUUCUUGCAAAUUAAGAGUUGCGCUAAACCUGCAAGCCUACUGCAAAAGGCAAUAAUGAUCAAGCAAGCAUUUACAAAGGGUGGGGGGGGGGUACUUUUUGCCCUCAUUGAAUCAACAUAUUUGAAUGCUUGGAAUCUGGCUGCAUUGUCAAGGCAAUGUAUCCGUGGUUGUAGUGGGCCAUUUUGUUUGUGGUGUUGAGCAGAUCUAAAGGAGGAAAGCGUGCACCAAACCAGCAGUCCAGUAAGUGUCUGAAUCAGGUCAUGUACAUUUGGACUAGAGUGCACUUAGCAUUUUUCCCUAUUAAUCAGGGUUUUUUUUAACCCAAUAUUAGUAAUCCAGUUAUGUGGCUCGCAGUAACUGCAAUCUAUGACAUAAAAGAAACUUGUUUUCCGGUUUAACUCACAGUUUAUCUAUUUUUAAUCGAAGCACUUUCAAAAUCAUAACUUGAAACAAAUUGCCUUUGUGCCUUUAAUUCUAGAGCAUCAUAAUGUUUUGUAUUUGUAAUCUUUGUGUAUUUUUCAAACCCAUGUGGGACUAUGGAUCAUAAUCCUUGGAUCUGGUUGGAGCAUAUGGCCCUACCUAGUCACACUCAUAUGACUAUCCACACCAGAGAUGAGCAGAUGCAAUCCUAUUCUUCUUUAAUUAAAGGGACUCGGUUGAAUAUGUUUUUAUGAAAAAAAAAUAGAUUUCUGAUUGUGAAACAGUGCCUUGCAGCUUCUACCUGCAGGGGUAUCUAAUUUUGUUUUUUUUAGUGUUGAAAGUGUUCAGAGUUGUGCAGCCCAUUAUGAAUAAAGUGUUUCCCAAACCCAUUGCAUCAAAGCUGUGAUAAAUCUUAGCUUCAACGAAGAUAAUUUUUUCUGCAUAAAUUCUUUUUUGAGUUUUUAGUAACUGCUGUGAGUUUACAGCAGG